AACCCAAAACAAAUUCCAAAAAUUCAAAAUCAACACUAACAGAGAGGAGAGAGGAGAGGGGUAAAUGACGAUGGACAGAGAGAAAGAGAGAGAAAUAGAGCUAGAAAGCGCAAUGUACACUAAUUGUUUGCUCUUAGGCCUCGAUCCAUCCAUCAUCGGUCUUGCUCCUUCCAACACUACUCCUCGUGUUGGUCUUUUCCGGCAUUCCAAUCCUAAACUUGGCGAACAACUUCUCUACUUCAUCCUUUCUUCUCUCCGAGGUCCUGCUCAAUCUGCCAAGGAUUUUGACAAGGUUUGGCCGAUUUUCGAUUCUGCUCAGUCUCGCGAUUUUCGUAAGGUUGUUCAAGGGAUUAUUAGUGAACUUGAAUCUCAAGGUGCUCUUCCCAGGAGUAAUUCAAGGGUUUCGUCUCUUGCAACAUGUUGUGGACCCAGAUUCGUUGAAUUAUUAUGGCAACUUUCUUUGCAUGCUUUACGUGAGGUUCAUCGACGAACUUUUCCAGCUGACGUUGCUUCUAAUGCAUUGCCCAGUUCCCUAACUGAUGUGGCAUUUUCUCAUGCUGCUGCACUACUUCCUGUGACCAAGGCCAGGAUAGCUCUUGAACGACAGCGAUUCCUGAAAAAUGCAGAAACUGCUGUCCAGAGGCAGGUGAUGUGGUCAGGUUUGGCUCAUGAGAUGACUGCAGAGUAUCGGGGUCUCUGCGCAGAAGAGGCCUAUCUGCAACAAGAGCUUGAAAAGCUUCAGGAUUUGAGAAACAAAGCCAAGAUGGAGGCUGAAAUAUGGGAUGAACGUGCUUCUGGUUCAAGUCAAAGUUCUCAUUUGGUUUCUAAGGCUACUCGAUUAUGGGAGUCCUUAUUAUCUCGUAAGAGUCAGCAUGAAGUACUUGCUUCAGGGCCUAUAGAAGAUCUAAUAGCCCAUCGAGAGCACAGGUAUCGCAUCUCUGGUUCAGCUUUACUUGCUGGUGUGGAUCAAAGCUCACAGGUCUUGUUAGGGAAGCUUGGUGACCAAGCUACAGCUCAUCCAGAUAAGAAAGAGCUGGUUGAUGGGUCAUCUGCCAAUUUGAACAGAGACAUGCCAAGAACAAGUGUGGAUUCUUCCCAUUCACAAACAAAUGAAGAAGGCCGAGUGGACGACAGAAGUGGAAGAGGGAAUCCCACUGUUGAUGUUGCGGAGAUUCUUAGGCGCUGGACACAUGCUUUACAACGAAUCCAUAAGCAAUCACUUCAGUUGGCAAAAGCUAAUGAUGGAGAGGGUCCAGAAAUUCUUCGAAGCACACAAGUUGGUGGAACUGGUCAUGCUGAAUGUUUGGCAACAACCCUGGUUGAACAUCGACAACACUUGGCCAGUAUACAGGUUUUAAUAAAUCAACUUAAGGAAGUUGCGCCUGCUAUUCAAAAUUCGAUAGAAGAACUCACAGAAGAAGUUAACACUGUUUCUUCCAGCCUUCCUUUAAUGAAUAAAUGUCCUGGCCAGUCUAGUUUGCCUAUGCAAGCUCAAAGCAGUGGGAAGAUUGGUAAAAGUGAUGAUACUGCUGAAGUUACGUCAAAAAUGUCCAAUGUUCAAUUUGAGAAGGCAGUUGCAAGCCCUACUUUAAAGCUUCCUCCAUUGUUCAAUCUUACGCCAAACUCAACAGCGAGAGGGGGAAAUUUACAAAAAAGUUUUACUUCUCCUGUCAACCAUGGAGAUAAUUUAUCUGAAAGGAAGAGUAUUGAUAGUGCUUUUUUGAAUAAUGCAAUGGAUAUUCUGCCACAAGAUUCAGAGUCUUUAUAUGUCCAGAAGUUUAAGCGGUCAGUCCGAGAAGCAGCUUUGGCUACAAAAUCAUGUGAUUAUGAAUCAUCACGUGAUAGCCACUCAGAAGAUGGUUCAGAGCACUUCUUUGUUCCUCUUUCAACUGCUGGAAUUCCUUCUGUGGGUGUCGAACAGAGGGGAUCUUCAGUUAGGAAUAACCGUUUUUUUUCUGAAGCCGAGUCCUUGUUACUUGGGAAUUCUAUUGUUGACAAUUGUGGAGGCAAAAAGUUUGAUGAAGUAUCAGAUGCUUUUAAUGAGUUUGAUUCACUUUCAGAGUAUGAUCGAGUAAAUGGGUUUCUGUCUGCUUCCUGUUCAAAUUAUGCAGCUUCUGAAUCGCAAACAUCUUUUUAUGACCUUGAUGAGGCGCCGGAUCAAGUCUUCUCUCCACCUUUACUUAUGGAAACAUCAUUGCUAGCAGAUGCAUAUGAAGAUUUACUAGCACCGCUUUCGGAAACAGAUGCUGCUUUGAUGGAUCAUUAAAUGGGUGUCAUCCUGUUUUGUGGUUCUUCAAUAUGCUGUCGUUUCAUCCCUACAUCUGAAUGCUGUUCGGUUGAAGUGUUGAUAAUACUUUUUUCUGCACAUUAUGCUAAUUAGUGAAGAUAUGAAUCCACAGAUGUGGGAAUGUAAGUUUCAUUAGAACCCAAAGUCUGCCUAUAGUGCUAAUCAGUAUGACCCCGAUAAAGCAAACCAAAGGAACAAUAGGGUCAGCCUAGUUAAUUUUGACAUAUGUUACAUGGUUGUAAAAGCCUAACAGUUGUAGCUGGUAGCUGGUGCACCAUAUUCAGAUAUAUCUUUUAAUUGUUGGUUUGACACUGAGGAUUAUUUACAGAUAUCUUCCAUCAUGCAGCAUAGUUGUUUAGCUUUUGUUUGACUGAAGUUUUGCAGAUGGACUAGACAUGGAGCGAGCCAUAUUUUGUUUUUUUUGUAAGGAUGUUCAAUUUUUCAUAAUGGAUUACCUUUAGGGUGGAAACUUUCGGGUUUGAUGAUAUAAGACAGCUGGACAUCAUCAAAGUUAGGCUGUUUAUUGGUUUCAGAACAUAUUCUUCACCGUGCUUGAUGCCUUGGCUUUGGGUUUCUGUUUGUGUCUAUAUGAUGUUUGUACACCAUUCUGUUGCAUAAUGAUAUUACUUUCAAAUUUUUCUUGUGUAUGAAUAUAUUGUAUAACAUUUGUUUAGAAAUGUAACUUUACUGGAGUUUGUGUCCUAUUACACUUUUGCUGAUGCUAGUUUAAACAAACAUGGGUUAUGUUGAAGAUGGCACGAAGAUGUCUGCAAUUAGAAUAAUGGUCAUUGCUAUAUAGUUCUUCAUUUUGCUUCUCUUUGUAAGCAUAUUUGAGUAUGUCCUUGUAAUAUAAUCUUUGUUGAGAAUGAUUUUACAACACAACGUCAAGAUGUAAAUUGAUUUAUUUUUUGACGAGCCCACAAUGAACCACUGCCAAAAAA